AUGGACCUCGACCCACCUUACGAAGUAAUCGUCGACGACGACGAGCCGAUGGACGAGGGAAUGGCUAUCAGCGUGGCUAAUACUCCUGCUAUUGCGCCUGUUGCCGAUGUGCCUGUUGACGAGGACGUCGCUUUUGUUGAGGGCGACAUUGUCGAGACUGAGGGCGACAUCGCUGAGGCUGAGGGCGGCGAGAUGGAGGAAGAGUACGAGUACGACAUGGUAGAGGUGGCGAGUGGAGAGGGAGAGGAGGGGAUAGAGGAGGCAGCUGGCGACGAGGUUGACGAGCCACCAGCGGAGGAAGGGCCGGACGAAACGGAGGCCGUCAACGUGCGCGAGCCUCUGCCAGAACCUGAGGUCGUCGACCGCGCCUCACCGUUAGCCCCCUUAGAGCCCGCCACCCCCGCCACUGAUAUAGAGCCAGCCGACGACGUAGUGGCCGACGGCCACGCCACUGAGCCAACCGACGACGCAGAGCACGAGCCCGAACUCGAGCCCCUCGCCCCGAUCCUGCUGCACACGAGUGGCGGUACACGAGCACUCUUCGUGCCGCCGGAGUACGACGACGGCGGGGAGCAGGUCGACGUGCCAGUCCUCCUGGCUGGUCGGGACGACCUGGCCGACGAGGGCCUCAACGUGCUCUGGGAACACGUGCGUCGUGAACUUGCGAAGGAUGGCACAGAGGUGCGCGGCGAGAUGGUUGUGACCGAAAAGCAGAUGGAGCUGCGUAUGGGCGAGGACGAUACUCACCUCGCCAACGUCACGUUGCUCGACUUACUCGCAUUACACGAAGGCUGUGGACUGCCUACACCCGUGCAGCUGUUCGUGACCGACGAGCCGCACAGGUUCAUCACGCGGUUUGAAGCGAUCAGACGCGAGGUCGAGGCUGCUGAGGAGCGCGAGCGGAGCCAGGAGGGCAGCGAGGAGUGGCAUGAGGAGUGGGAGGGGGAGUACGAGGGGGGAGGGGAGGAGGCGGACGAGGGCGAUACCAAAGAAACCAUUGAGGGGAAGGAGGCCGAGGCUCUCCAAGAAGGAGAAGAGGGUGGCCAGCCCGUCGACGAGGGCGCUGCUGAGGGCGCGACCGAGGAGCCAGCUGAAGCCGACGUCACUAUCGACGCCGAGCUUAUCCUGGACGAGGGAGAUGUCACUGUUAACGAGGAACUUGUCCAGGACGAAGGCGACGUCACUGUCGACGAUGAACAUCCCGCCGAAGGUGACGAAGUCGCCGUCGAGCAAGCCCAGGGAGAGGGGUUCGACGCCGAAGGCGACGGCGAGUACUACGACGAAGAGUACGCCGAGGCCGAGGGCGCGGACGAAGCACACACGCCCGAAUGCACCGAGGUUGACGCAGACGCCCACAACCCAGGCGCAGAGGACGCCGACGCAGCCGCGACCGAGGGCGCUGAGGAGGUGGAGGCUGAAGAGCAGCCCAAGACAGAGCCCGAGGCGGUAGCACCGGCCGAGCACCCCGAAGCCGAAGCUAUCAACAGGCCAGAACUGGCCGACGAGCCCACUGUCGAAGAGACUGAGACGGCCGAGGCCGACGAGUACGACGACGUGGACGAGUACGGCAUCGACCAAAUUGGUGAUGAUGCGCUUGCCGCGUCGGCCGCUGAGCCUGUGGAUGAAGAUCUGAGCGUCGCGCCCACCCUUGAGGACCAAGAAGACGAGUUCGCUGAAGAUGAGGAUGCAGAGCACGACGAGCUCGCCGAGGAUGCCGAAGGCUUCGCUGAAGAUGAGCACGAUGAACUCGCUCAUGGUCGCGAAGAACACGACGAGCUCGCCCGUGAUGACGAAGAACACGAGGAAGACGAACUCGACGCCGACGAACCCCACGACGAUGAGGAUGAGGAAUACGAAGAGUACCACGAGGAGGGUGAGGAGUACGAAGAAUACGAGUACGAGAAUGGUGGGAAUGAGCUCGAGGAGGGCGAGGAGGACGAGCUCGCGGAGGAGGGUGAAGAGCCGUCGUCGCCGCGGAAACGAGGGCUCUCCGAAAUAGAUGAGGGCGAGGAAGUCGUGGCCAAGAAGACGCGGUUGGAGGCUUGA